UACAAAGUAUAUAGUAUGCAGGUUCGCAGUGCAACAUAAACGACCGGGGGUUAAAUCGUGGAAAACAAUAAAACUAAACGAUCGCCUAAGAACAAACAAAUAAACCAACCAGCAGCCGGACAGACAUACAGUCAUAGAGACAAUCGCAUAGACAGGCGGGCGGCGGUCGAAUGUGUUCAGUGAAACAGAACACUUUUCAUUGAGCUGCGCCGAGGACAACGAAGUUUUGAAUUCAAAAUUUCAAUUUAAAUGCGAAGCAUAGGUGAAACGGUAAAGUCGUCCUAACGAUUUCUGCGGGUGUACGAGUACGCGCGUCUAAAUAAUGGUGUUAAGUUGAUGUAACUUUCAUGUGUGUUCAUAGUGCAGAGUUAGUUUUAAAGCGAAAUCUUUCGGCUGUACUUAUAAAGAACAAAGAGCUUACAUAUAUUUCUGGUUAAAAUAAAAUCAUGCGAACAUAAUGAAACUGAAAAUCCUUAGAAGAAUUUUCGAUUUGUAAAAGAGUUUGUGCUCAGUAAAUGGAAUUAGUGCAUUUCGAUUAAAACUUUGAAAAUAAGAGUGAAAACAUAUAUCCAGCCAGUGAUUUCAAACCAUUGCAAAUUUAGCUAACAAAAUUUGUUAUACAAACCAAAUGUCUUCCUCAGAGGCUGAAGUUGAUAUAAGCGUGGUGUCCAGUCCCGAACCUAGUCCCGCCGGUUGUGGCAAUGGCAGUGACACUCCGUUACGCUCAGCUUCUCCGACGCCCUCCAACGGAAGCACGCCAACAGCGACAUCAACGCCAACUACAGCCGCCGGCACACCUACUUCCAGUGCUCAUUUUCACAGUCCGAACGCCACUGCUUUAACUGCUGUACCGCCGACGGUUCUACACCAUCACCUGCAACAUCACCUUAGCAGUUUAAGCGGUCACCCCGUGGCAUUACAUCACGCUUUGCACAGUUUCGGUCAUCUUCAUGCUGCCUAUCCUGCGCAUCAACAAUUAUUGCAACACGCAGCGAUUACACCUACAGCGGGCCAAAUGGCUUUGGCUUCAGCGGCGGUGGAUCGACUUAGUCCGCCGGCUAUGGCUGCUAUGGCGCCUCAUUCACCCGAACGUAAUGGCAACGAUGAUGUUACUUCCUUAACGGGUAAUAAUAACAACAACAAUAGCAAGCUUUUGAAUCACAAUAAUAAUAGCGACAGCAACGGCAGUAGUCAGAAUAUGGUGUUAGGCCGUGGAGAGGCGAGCAACGGUUGCGGCACUGCGUCCGGAAAUGCUAAAGCCACAACCAGCAAUGGAUUUACUAGUUUCUCUAUAUCGAGUAUCCUUAGCCGCAGUGAACCGUCGAAAAAAAGUGGUGGUAGCCAUAGUGUACCAACGCUAAUCACACCGAUACCACAACUGCCACAGCCUGGCACCGGCGGCCCACAAGAUGCGGCGAUGAUUUCUAGAUUGGGUUUCAUAUCGCAAUGGGGUGCUCUAGCUGGUCGUUAUGCGGCGCUGUGUCCUCCAGGCUGGCCAUGGGCACCACAACGUCUGCCUUUCCACAGCCCCACACAUGACAGUUCCUCAACCAACACAACGGAAAAUCCUUCCUCGCCUACAUCGCUCAGCCCAAACCAUAUUGGCAACAACAACAGCAGCAGCAACACUCACGGCAAUGGUGGCAACAAUGGCCAUAGCAAUGGCAAUAAAUCGCCUUCGCCGCAUGGUUACAAUCAUAGCCAACAACAACAUUCACAUCUGACGCAUCCGCAUCAACCUUCAACGCCUACAAGCAGUGGCGGCGGUAGCAACGGGCAUCCGCUGCUCAGCCACCACAGCUCGCAUUCGAAUUCCAGUUAUUUAUUGCCCAGCAGUUCCAACGAGUCCGACGAUGAUGGCGAAGAGAUUAUCGAAGAAGACGAUGGCAAUGAUGGACCCUCAGACGGCUCUUCGCCACAAGGCGGCGAUGGGAAUCAAACGAAACGCAAGAAAAAGACUCGCACAGUGUUUUCGCGAGCACAGGUCUUUCAGUUGGAGUCCACAUUCGAUAUGAAACGCUACCUCAGCUCUUCGGAGCGUGCCGGUUUAGCUGCCUCACUGCGUCUCACUGAGACACAAGUGAAAAUUUGGUUUCAAAAUCGACGCAACAAAUGGAAACGUCAGCUGGCAGCCGAACUGGAGGCAGCCAACAUGGCGAAUAUGGCACAUGCCGCACAACGUUUGGUCCGCGUUCCAGUGCUCUAUCAUGACGGCUCUGGUGCGGGAUUUGUACCACCCCCACCACCGCACCACCAUCCCAUGCAGUAUUAUGCGGCGGCAGCAGCACGCAACACAAGCCCACCACGGCCACCCCUCUCCUCGCUGGUAUAGGGCGUGGGGUGCUUGGCGGCCGCAGUGGUACCCAACUGCGGAGGUCCAAUCUCACUGCGAAAGCCGCCAUACACCAAUCAUGCGCCAACAACGCCGACGCCGACAUCAGUACACGAUAUGGAUGACUCGGAUACAGAGGAGGAAGCCGCAAUCGAUGUGGAAGCCGACGAGGAUGAGGAGGAGCUGUCCUUAACGCAAGCGUCGUUAGCACAGAGCAAUAGGGAUUCAACUAGCGGCGGCAACAGUGUUGCUGGUGGUAGCGACGUGGUGCGGAAAGCGACACCAUUCGAGCUGUUGGCGAAAAGUGUCAAUUGCCUGGAGAUGCACAGCAGCGGUGGUGGCAGGGAGUUGAAUAUCAACAGUGCUGGUGGCGCCAGUAAUGACAACGGUGUUGAAAGAGCCAACACAGUGCACAAGGUGUAUUAACAGAGUGGAGAGAAGAAGGAGAGGCUUUCAGCUCUUGUCGGAAGAAUCCGCAAAGUGUUGUAAAUUUAUAUUGUGUCAUACAGAAAACAUUGGUUUCACAUACAAAGAAUUUCACUGCUUAAGUGCAUGGAGAAAACAAGAAGAAAUGUUAAAAGCUAACUGAAGCGGGAUACAUUCGUGGAAGAGUGUACGUAAAAAUUAUUGAGUGUUUUCUCUUAAAGUUAAUGUGUGGUCUGUAUAAUAGGAAAGUGCUAAGUAAAAAUUGUAAUCAAUGUUCAAACGUUUAGGUUUCCAAGUAAACAAACAACAAAGCCAUACAAAACUAAAUAUAAACUAAGAAAACCCUUCCAUAUUUGUAAAAAGUUGUUCUCUUUCGCUUUCUUCUUUUCGCUACUAAAUUUGUAAAUAAUUAAAUGUUGACCUGCGGUGUCUCUUUGCUCAAUAUUUGUGCUUAAAUCUAAAUAAAAUCUAGAACA